GCAGCCUCGAUCUGGUUGUGGCGGGAAAAGAGUUGAAAUUCGGAGAAGCUAGUGGUUAGCUUAGCUCGGUUUAGUUCGUGUUUAACCAGGCGAGUCCAGCGUCAGUCACAGAAUAGAACUAACACCAGAAGCCACGGCAGAGCUCCGCUUAAUGCCAGAAAAGAACCGAAAUUAAGUUAUGUCCGUUUGUUCGUGAUAUUUGUCGAACAGAAGUAACGCCAAGCUAAUAUUAGCAUUUAGCAUAGCCACCGUAUCACAGGCCGCCAUCAGUGGAGUCCAGGUUGUACAGUAGCAUCAGGUGGUGUCAGCUGAAUCUGAACUGACAGACCAGACUGGAAGAAUGGCGACAGCGAGAAGACAGGUGAAGAAAAAACACCCAGAAGAAAAACCAGAUAAAAAAGUGUUUGAUUUUACUGAAGAGGAUGAAAAGAAAGAGCUGAGUGGCUCUGAGGACGAUGUUCGAGAAGAUGAAACUCCGAUAGUGGACAAGCUGGCCAAGAAGAGACCUGCUGCGGCCUUCGAAGAGGAGGCGGCUCCGUGUGCUGUGGGAAAUGAGGUUCAGUCCAUGUUGGAGAAAUUCGGAGCUGAUAUCAGCAAGGUGAUGCAGGCCAAGAAGAAACGCCUGGAGUCUCUGACAAAAAACUACAUGAAGGGGAGUCAACAGAAGCUGGAGCAGCUGUGGGGAAACUAUCACAGCCAGAGGCAGAAGAUGACUCACCAGUACUCCCAGCAGGUGUCGUCUGCGCUCCAACAGUGGGAGACUGAAGCCCAGCGUGCUGAAGAGCAGGAGGAGAAGCUCAAUAAUCUGUUUAAACAGCAGCAGAAGAUCCUGCAGCAGGCCAGAGUGGUACAGAACCAGAAGCUGAAGACGGUCAGAGAGCUGUACGAGCAGUUUGUGAAGAACAUGGAGGAAACGGAGAAGAGCCAUGAUGCUUUCCUGCAGGGGGCGCAACAGGAGCUGAGAAAGGAGAUGGCCACACUGCAGAAAAAGAUCCUCAUGGACACGCAACAGCAGGAGAUGGCCACCGUCCGUAAGUCGCUGCAGUCCAUGCUCUUCUAGACUGCUGUUACCAUGGCGACGGAGCUAGUUCCUAAUUUAAGGAUGCAUUCUUGGUUGGGGUUACCAUGGUUACUGUAGUUGUAACCCUGUAGCAUUGUCAUAUUGUCAUGAGUUCUCUGUUGUGUUUAAGUUGAUUCCUCAGUGAGACAGAGCAGCAGGUUCAGCUGUAGUGUUGCUUCAUGUGAGUCCACUAGCGAGAACAGAACACGCCUGGAAAGACUGUUGGUCAUUAAAAGAUUGGACAACUUGUAAAAUGAGUUAUAUUACAAACAAAUACAGAAGCUUUGUAUAAAUUAUUGUUGAAACAAACUGGAAAUCAUUUUGACCCCUGUGAGAGAGAAUUAAAUACAUGAUUGUUUUUCUACAGA